AUGUCCUCGGUCGAGGCGACGCCGCAGCGCCGGCAGUCGACUGCAUUCGGUGGCGCCGCCGGCGCAAAUGCCACCGGCAACAACAUCACCAACAAUCCCCCGAAUAGCCUCAGUACGAACAACCACGCCAACGACGCCAACAACGCCGACGAGCCUCUCUCUCAAUCCCUUCGACAGCUGUCCCUCUCCACCGGCACACCUGUAAAGUCCAAGUCGCCGUCGCCCUUGUCGCGCGCCACCUCCUCCACCAAUGGUCCACCUUCCGGCAGCCCGCGCUCUCCGAGUGUCGCUGGCAGCCGCCGCCACAGCACCACGCCGCGCAGUCCGCUGCCCAACGGCCGUGAGUCGCGCGCCGGCACGCCUGGUCUGCUGCGAAAGGCCUCCUUGAACUCGCUCCACAGUGGCAGCAGCAUCAACGGCAGCAGUCCCGGCAAGGGCCUCGCGCGGCGCACGAGCGCCUCCAACCUCAAAUCCCCCUCGCCCGGAACGCCGCUUCGGUCGCCUUUGCUCAGCAGUGGCCACGGCUUCGAGACGCUCCGCGAAGAGCAGCAGCGCCAGCGACCACCCCGCCCACCGCCGCCCACCGCUGCCGACAUCGCCCGCAGCCACUUCCAGGCCGAACUGGCCCGUCACCGCAGCCCCGACGACGAUCUGCACCACAGCUCGCACACCGUCGUCAUCCUGCACGAUGCUUGCUACGGCCACCGCUUUGCCCGCCCGCGCACCUCCCGCGCCAACCUCAGCACCAUUGUCGAGCGCCCCGAGCGCAUUCAGGCCUGUGCCGUCGGCGUGUCCGCGGCCUACGUGCGUCUCGGCGGCCGCCAUGCCGACGCCGACUACAUGCCUCACCCCCGGCUCGACCCCUCCUCGAUUCCCGCAUCUGCCGUGCCCUUCCGCAUCCACAAGACCACCCGUGCUCUGCCCCUGCAGUCGCCCGCCGUCACCAAUGUCCAUGGCACCAAGUGGAUGGAGGAGCUCAAGAUCAUGUGCGAUGCCGCCGAGGCCAAACUCGCCCUCAACGGCAAAGAACUGCAGCGCCCAGACAUGGAUCGGGGCCCGCCGCACCACCACGCCGCACCCGCCCGCUUACACGAGGGUGACCUGUAUCUGUGUUCUGAGUCGCUGCAGGCUUUGGAGGGCGCCCUGGGCGGUGUGUGCGAGGCUGUCGACACGGUGUUUGAUUCAGCCUCGCAGAGCCGCCGCGCUUUCGUCGCCAUCCGUCCGCCGGGCCACCAUUGCUCGGCCGACUGGCCCUCGGGCUUCUGCUGGAUCAACAAUGUCCACGUCGGCAUCAUGCACGCCAUCCUUUCUCACGGCCUGACCCACGCCGCCAUUGUGGAUAUCGACCUGCACCACGGUGACGGUUCCCAGGCCAUUGCUUGGCAGCACAACGCCCGCAGUGCCUCGGCCACCAAGAACGCGGCCGCCUGGAAGAAGACGUCCAUUGGCUACUUCAGUCUGCACGACAUCAACUCGUUCCCUUGCGAAUCGGGCGAUGACGACAAGGUGCGGAAUGCCAGUUUGUGCAUUGAAAAUGCCCAUGGCCAGACUGUCUGGAACAUCCACCUCGAGCCCUGGAAGUCCGAGGCCGCCUUCUGGGCACUCUACGCCGACAAGUACACCGCCCUGCUCCACAAACUGCGUGCCUUUUUCCGCAACCAAGCCGUGCAGCGUGGCGAAGGCAGUAGCGAUCGAAGUGCCAUCUUCAUUUCGGCUGGCUUCGACGCCAGCGAAUGGGAGACGUCCAGCAUGCAGCGCCACAAGGUUAACGUGCCCACCGAGUUUUACGCCCGUUUCACCCGUGAUGUUGCCCAGAUCGCCAACGACGAGUGUGCUGGCCGCGUCGUCAGUGUCCUGGAGGGCGGCUACAGCGACCGCGCACUCUUCUCCGGUGUUCUAGGCCACUUGAGUGGUCUGGCCGGCUCGGAUCCCAUCACCACGUGCGACGAGGCCUUCCAGUCUGGCCUGGGAUACGAGAUGGGCAGCCGUCUUGGAGCUCUGUCCAUCAACGGGAAUGAAAAGGAGGCGGAUGUCAGACUAUCUGGUGCACCAUACGACCCUACAUGGUGGGCCUCUGCUGAGCUCGACCUGAUCGAAGCCGCCAUUGCGCCGCCACCACCGCCGCCAGAACCCAAGCCCGACCGGCCAUCGCACCCGGCCACCACCUAUUCGUCACCCACCGCCUCGUCCCAGGCCAAGGUCGUCGUCCACACCCCUAAGCUGCGGCGCAGCAUGUCCGGCCUGUCCUCUUCCUACGGCGCUGGCGGUGGUCUGGCCUCUUUGCCCUCGUCACGCCCGCCGUCACCGCCACCCCCACCACCUCCAGAAGUGCCUUGGACCACGGCCAUGCAUGAGCUCAGCAAGCUACUGAUUCCUACUGGCGAGUGCACCACUACAAGCUGCACCAUCGAGGACCUCUCAGCCGAGGCGACGCGCGCGCGCCGCGACCGCCAGAUCCAGCUAGGCACCAUUGACGUCGCCGUGCCCGCUGCCGCGUACUACUCGACUCCAGCAACGCCUAGCGGGCCCACGCGCGUGUCGAUGCGGGAGCGCAAGCAGGUCAAGCCUUUCGGCUCGUCUGUGGCCUCCACAGCCUCAGCCUCAACGUCAACCGUAAUCAAAGAAGAAGACCCUGAUCUGGACCGCAAGAACCGUCGCAGGACGAUUGGUGAUGCGGCCUCAGCCACCGCUACGCCCGUGGCUUCUACAAGUGCUCGUGGUGGUAGGCUCAAGACGACCGGUCGGCGCCUUAGCGCGGCCUCAGUCGUCCUCCCCAAGGACGACUUUGAUCUUCCUCCCGUGCCCGCCGUACCUGAUGUUUCUACGGCACCGACGUCUGUGUCAACCCGCCCCGCCACCGCCCACGGCAGUAGCACAACGGCUACACAGCCCGACUCGUCCAUGAGCGGUGCCCCACUCUCUGUACGCAAAGCACGGACGACCACCGCGACAGGAAAGACGCCACGCAAGAAGGCGGCCGCAGCGACAACAGCAAAACCGGCUUACAGCCGCAAGACGAGCACCAGUAGCACCAAUACCACGACAACCACGUCCACGGCACCGACCAACGAUGAACUCGACAAGCUGACGAGCGGUAUGCGCAAGAUCAAGAUCAAUGUUGUGACGACGGCACAAAAGGAAGCACGGGAGAAGGCGAAGCGAGAUGCAGCAGAGACGGAAAAACAGGCCUCAUCUUCGCAGACAACGUCACAAGCCGCUUCUUCCCGCGAGUCCUCGGCCGACUUGCCGGCCCCUGCGGCCGCAACGCCGCUGCACAGAAAGGUCGUCGACACGGCGUCCGCAUCGACGGCAGCGCCGCCUAGCACGCCGCUCGCCCAGACCAUUGGUGCCGCCCCGACAUUGCGCCUGACCGAGGCGGUUGAGGCGGAAGGCCCACCCCUCUCCGUGGAUACGGCAAUGGCCGGCUCCUCCAUUGCCGGCUCCGACGACCACUCGCCGCUGCUGACGCCGAGCACGGAGGGCGGUCUUGGCGGCGACCCAAUGGCCAGCUUCCCUGGUGUUUCUAUACCUGCGCCGGCACCGGCCGUCUUCAUUCCGUACCAGCCCGACGGCACACCCCAGCCACCCCGCGUACCGUCGCUGUCGGCUACGGCAGCGCCCCUCCAAUGGCUGCCUCCCAACGAAGUCAACACGCCUGGGGCAGUGGCAGCGACGCCGUCGCCUAUGAAGCGCGCCGACCUGCCCGUGUUCACGGCCACGUCAGCGAUCCCCUUCUUUGGCGGAGGCGGCGGCGGUGCCGCGUUGUCGUCGUCGCGGCCGAGCUCGGCAGGCCUGUCGGUGGCGUCGAAUUCGAAUUCGUCCCGGCCGGCUACGUCGUCUGGCACGCUACCACCAGCAUCGCCCACAAUGCGGCCGCGCUCGCCGACAAAGCUACCGCGCUCGCCGACCAGGUCGCCUCGGAAGAUGCAGAAGUAA